GUGGGGGCCGCCGUUCCCCCGGCUCCCUGGGGCAGGACCCUUAUACCCCUCGUUCUCUCAUCCCCUGGGAUCCGCGCGCGGGCUGGCUCUGGAGGGCAGACCCCGGGGCCGUGCGCCCCUCGGCGUGGGAGCGGGUGGGAGCGGCGGGCGCCGGGGGCGGGGCCCGUGGAGGUCGGCGGUGUCCUUGCGGCGCGGCCGGGGGUGCGCGUGUGUGUACGCCGGGCGGUCGGCGCGGCCCCUCGGUCUCUGAGGUGUAGUCCGCGGGCAGAGCUCGCCAUGUUGUCCCGGGCAGCGCGCAGCGCGAGCAGGACGCUGGGGCCGGCGCUAGGGUCGCUGGGUUCCAGGCAGAAGCACAGCCUCCCCGACCUGCCGUACGAUUAUGGCGCCCUGGAGCCUCACAUCAGCGCCCAGAUCAUGCAGCUGCACCACAGCAAGCACCACGCGACCUACGUGAACAACCUGAACGCCGUGGAGGAGAAGUAUCUGGAGGCGCUGGAGAAGGGUGACAUUACAACUCAGGUAGCUCUUCAGCCUGGGCUCAAGUUCAAUGGUGGAGGCCAUAUCAAUCAUUCCAUCUUCUGGACCAACCUGAGCCCUAAGGGUGGUGGAGAACCCAAAGGAGAAUUGCUGGAAGCCAUCAAACGUGAUUUUGGUUCUUUUGACAAAUUUAAGGAGAAGUUGACCACUGUAUCCGUUGGCGUCCAAGGCUCAGGUUGGGGUUGGCUUGGUUUCAAUAAGGAACAGGGACGCUUGCAGAUUGCUGCUUGUUCUAACCAGGAUCCACUGCAAGGAACAACAGGUCUUAUUCCACUACUGGGCAUCGAUGUGUGGGAGCAUGCUUACUACCUUCAGUAUAAAAAUGUCAGACCGGAUUACCUAAAAGCUAUUUGGAAUGUAAUCAACUGGGAGAAUGUGGCGGGGAGAUACAUGGCUUGUAAAAAGUAAAACAUGAUCAUUACAUUGAGCAAAAUAAGCUUCUCACGACUAUUUUUGUAGUAGUGCAGAGUACCGUAGUAUGCCAGUAAGCUGCUCUUUUGUAGCAUUUCUUUUUUUUUUUUUUUUAAAGAUUUUAUUUAUCCAUUUUACAGACAGAGAUCACAAGUAGGCAGAGAGGCAGGCAGAGAGAGAGGAGGAGGCAGGCAGAGAGAGAGGAGGAAGCAGGCUCCCUGCUGAGCAGAGGGCCCGACGUGGGGCUCGAUCCCAAGACCCUGGGACCAUGACCCGAGCCGAAGGCAGAGGCUUCAACUCACUGAGCCAUCCAGGCGCCCCUUUUGUAGCAUUUCUUAAUGUAGCUUGUUCAAGCAUUUGAUGAACAUGAUUUAAUGCUAUGAAUUUCUGGUUUUCAAAUUUUGUUAUUGGGCAACUGAAAAUAGUAAGUGCUUUGUUUGGUUUAGUCUUUCGGUUGAACAUCAUCUUCCGAGAGCUGAAACAGCCAGCAGGUUCUAGUUGCCAUCAUAAAACUGUCAAAAAGAUCUCAUCCCUGUCCUCUUAGGGCCUCUGGGGAAGCCUUUUUGCUCCUGUUCUGUUGCACUUGUAGAAAGCCUGGUCCUUUGCCCAGUUGUUAAAUGAUAAAAGGUUAAAUUUGUUUCCCAAGGGAAAUGUUCAGUUUUUCUAUUGAAAAUUGCUCUUUUUUGUAAGUAAUCUGUCUAGUAGGACUUGUGGUAGAUACUACCUGUGGGCCUUUAAUUAUCUUUAGUCACAUGUUUCACAAGGUUAACACCAUUUUGUCUUUUAAAAAAAAUCACUUGAUUGCUAAUUGAGAAUUGCUCUGUUAUGAAAAGGAAAUAGUCAUGCAUUUGAAUUUUUCUGUUGGGAGAAAUAAGACUUUUAUGUGGAAUCUUGUCAUCAAACAGAAAUAAUGUGUUAGGUGACUGCUCAAAGGGGACAAAUCUAGGCUUUAUUGAUAAAACGAAUGUUGGGGAUGAGGCCACAGACAGUUCUGGCCAAGCACUUGCCCCCCAUCUCUGCCUGUUCACGAGCACCCCUCUGCAGAGCAGCAGCCUGGGUCGGGUGCUGCCUUCCCAGAGCGGCAGGUGGUUGGUUUCUGGAUGGGGCCAGCGGCACAUCCCUGCACAGGAACAUUGCUUUUCAAAGACUUGUUUUUGAGUUAUUCCAUCAUUUGAUCUUCUUUUCUUUUAAACAAAUGCACGGUCACUAUAGAAGCUUUAUAUUAUAUAGUCCUUUAAGUAAAGGAAAAGUGACACCCAUAAUCCAGUGACACAGCCUGUCAAAUUGUGUUGUUUCCUGCUUGCAGGUGGGACUGUUUAAACGCAGCAGGGAGCCUCUUAUAAUUUGGCCUAAAUUGUCAUACGUUCCAUGUUUCAUCAUUUCCCUUAAUUUUGGGGGGCUGUAUAAUUGGACACUUGCUAAUUUAUCUUACAGUUCUGUUACUGAAUAUUUCAUUGGUUUCUAAUUGUUAUUUAUUCAAAUAAUGCUGUGGUGAGCAACCCACAUAGAUUUUACCUUCCAUGGGAAUAUUUUUUCUAUAUAGAUUUUUUUCUUAUGCCUGUUUAGUAACUGAAUGUUUCCCCGAGUUAGCAUAUUAUUUUUUCCCCAAGUUUAUUCUAUAUUUUUGGCAUGGAAAAAUGGGGUAACUUAGCAGUUUCGAUAUUGAAGACUGAAGUUUAAAAAAAUUAAAUUUAAGGCACUUUUCUUUUGGAAUUCAAUUAGAAAGUAUUUAGGUUUUCUGAAUUGUCAGCAGCGUUGAUGAGAGUAGUGAUAGCUGCAUGUGUGCUUGUGGACUGAAGACACUGCGGGGACCAGGAUUGCCAUCCUUCUUCUCCCACGGUGAAGUGACUUCGUGGAGUCAGAUGAGACCCACGCUUAACGCUUGCAUGUGUACACAUGUAUGCACGCGUGCCUGCACGUACAUAUGCAGACGCACACAUAUACACGGAUAUAGACACACACAUAAGUAUAAGCAAGGCAGUUAACUCUGUUCAAAUGGACCAUUUAGAAAAGUGGAACCUUUCUGAAAGAUGGCGUUUUGAACACAAGUAGUCUGCCUGAUCCUGGCUUGUAUUGAACCAGCAGGUACGCAGAGAUUACUGAUUCAUAUAAAGCUUUUUGACUAUUAUUAAGCUUUAAGAUUUCAAAAAAUAUUCAAUGUUGAAAUUUCUAUGGGACUCUAUUUUUGCUCAGAUUUGUGUUGAGGGAACAAGGGAAAGCAUGCUGUUCUUCCCUAAGGUUUUGUUUUUUUCCUCCCCAUCAGAUAGAUUUUAAGAGACUAAGAUAAUUUACAGAUAAAGAUUUUAAUCAUUUGACAGAAAAUGAGACUUCAAGAUUUUGUUUAGCCCUGUUACUCAUAAUAGAAAAGAAAUAGAAAAAGUAAAAGGCAUCUCUUCUGAAAUGAACCAAGCAUUCAUAGUUCAUCCAGGAGGGGUCUUUGUGACGGACUCAGCAGUGCUUGUUCUAAUCUUAAAUGUGCUUCAAACACCAUAGAGUGAUUAGUGCUGCAAGAAAACAGGGCAUGAGACAAAUACCGUCUCAAGUAGAAUCUGCUGCUGGAACUUGUUGUGUGAUAAUUAGAUUUUGAGGUUGAGAGAAACUACAAAUUUUACUGCACACCUCAAAUUCAUGAUCUUAAAAUGAGAUUUGAGUUUCUAGUAAUUAUAUAUUUAAAAAAAUAACAUCAUGAUGAUAAGAUUAAGAUUGAUGUGUGUUGUGAGUCAUCUAAAACUAGUUCUAAAUAGAAAUUUUAUUUCCUGUUUUAAUUGUGUUGGGAAAGCUGUUAGGUAGAAGUUUUAUAAAUCACUGUUUCUCAUUUUCAGUCAUACCUAAUGAUUGGGCAAGCUGAUGGCCUAUCUCUGAAGGUACGCUUCAAACCUGGGAUGCAUUAAAAAUCCUAUAAGGUCUUGGGUAGUUUUCAUUUAAUUAUCCAUUAGAGAAACAUUUAUUUUCCUAUUGUGUGAAGUUUUUUGAUUGUUAAUAAAAGAAUCUGUCAACUAUCAAAA